UUUCAUGUUUGCGUACAGUUGCAGUUUUCUCUCGUCAGCCGUGGCUUGUGCUGCGUCCCUUCGCGCAGUUUUGUUCACCACCAUGCGAUCUCAUUCAUAAUAAAAGCGUGCAUCUGAAUCGCUCUCGCUACAUUUUUGACGCGUCCACCUCGUACGGCCCGAACUUUUAUUGACUCUUUCCCGGAAGUUUGUCGAGUUGAUGCAGAGUUAUGAGACGGAAGACGGAUAGCAGAUACAUCGUUGUGGUUAUUAUUUACAUCGUGACUAUCAUUAGCCAAGCGAUGACCGAUGAUCCCAGAUUUGCAGAGCCUAUUCCAAAUGUAACCGUGGCUUUAGGAAGGGAUGCUAGUUUACCUUGUGUUGUAGAGAAUCUUGGAACUUAUAAGGUGGCCUGGAUUCACAUAGAUCGUCAGAUGAUUCUGACAAUCCACCGUCAUGUAAUUUCAAGAAUAGCUCGAUUCAGCGUGUCCCACGAUAAUGCCAAGACAUGGCUUCUGCACGUCAGCAGCGUACAACAGGAAGAUAGAGGUUACUACAUGUGUCAAGUGAACACAAAUCCGAUGAUUAGUCAAGUAGGAUAUCUCCAAGUUGUAGUUCCCCCGAAUAUCAUCGACGUCGAAAGCACGCAAUCAACUGUUGCAGUUCGUGAAAAUCAGAAUAUUAGCUUAACGUGCAGAGCAGAUGGAUUUCCCACUCCGAAGAUAAUGUGGAGGAGGGAGGAUGGUCAGGCAAUUUCGGUGGAGCGGCGCAAAAAAGUGAAUGUCUACGAUGGGGAGAAACUAAAUCUUACACGAAUCAGCAGAACAGAAAUGGGAGCCUACCUCUGUAUAGCCACAAAUGGUGUGCCACCGUCUGUAAGCAAACGUAUAAUCGUCGACGUUGAAUUCUCUCCGAUGAUAUGGGUACCAAACCAGCUGGUGGGUGCCCCGGCAGGCACUGACGUCACAAUAGAUUGUCAUACCGAGGCCUAUCCAAGAGCCAUUAGCUACUGGGUCUACGACAACGUUAUGCUGUUGCCAACGAAGAAGUACGGCACGGAGACGAUGGAGAACAGCUACAGAGCGCACAUGAAACUGACGGUGCGAAACCUACAAACCGGCGACUUCGGCAACUAUCGAUGUAUCUCCAAGAAUUCUCUGGGGGAAACUGAAGGCUCCAUCCGACUAUACGAAAUUCCAAUGCCGUCUGCUCCACCAAAGGCAACAGAAAUGAAAAGUUUCUCCAACAAAGAAUAUAUAUCAAAACGCAAUGUGAGCAGAUCCGUUACCCAAGACGAAAAACCGAAAGUUAUAAUGGUAUCUUCCUCAGAAAAGGAGAUGUAUCAACAUCCACCAGAAGAGGAUACAGGCCUAGGGCUGUACUUUCCAUCAGGUUCCAAAACCUCAGAUGGAUCCAGUACUCAAGAGAUAUUGCUCCUUCAGUGUCUCAUUGUGAUUCUUCAUUACUUUCUAUCUACCAACCUCUUUGUUCCUCCAAAUUAACCAUAUCAUGUAACACCUAAUCUAAAUGGUAACAGUUAUAUGAGAAGAAUUGAUUGCUCAGCUUCAUUCAGCUUUUUUUGAAAGAAAGUUCACAAUACAAGCUGAAUAUAUUUUUUGAAACAAAAUUUUGCUAGUUAUGGUAAAAAAGUUAUUGUGAAAUCAAUAUGGAAAUCUGAAAAACAUGGUAAUUUUGGAUGUACUUUGAGUACACACGAUGAAAAAUCAGUUCGGGGAUACAUUUAGAAUUUCCUAUCCAUAACAUUUUGAAGGUAUCGUCAUCAUACACACGAUACCCCUAAUUUACAUCUUGAAUGGUCCUAAUAUGAGCUGCUAUUUUUCAUCGUUCAACUCAACAUAUCAUAAUUUAAGAAGACAUCUACGAAAAUGUAAAUUAAUCAACUCAUAUCAAAAUCGAAACAGAUCUACAGCGCUGUGAAUUUGAUUCGAAAAAAAAAUGAAAUCGAAACAUACCUCUCCCAAUUGCAUCCAUCAAAAUAGAUUUCUCACAAUUUCGCGACUGAUACGGGAUUACAUGUUAUUCAAAGUACUGUCAGAAUAGAUUUACGAAUGAAUGUACAAGCUAGAUUCGAAAGAUUGGGUUCUCUAGGGAAGCAUAUGACAACCUUUCUCAAAAGGAGAUGUAUGCUUCGGGAUUCAGAUUUCAAUCACUAAAAUCAUUCCAAGGAAGAUUUUUUCAUUUUAUACGUUUCUCAAAUCAAAUAGAUCAAUAUAAUUGUUUUUAUUCCCAAGAAUAAUAUUCCACCUAUACUCUUAAGAGGUGCAUAAUGUGUAUAUUUGCACGUAGGAAGCAGAGUCCACUAAGUUCGAGCACUCGCUGCAACUGGUGAGUUUUGAAAGCAACCUGGUAAGAAAUUAAACAUUCAGUUUUUCCUUAGAUCUUGGUUAUAACAUAUCAAAUUUCUGUAGUAGUUUAAAUGUAGGCCUUGAGAAUAAUGAACAAUAUUUCUGACCAGAUUGUUCCUAUAUAUUGUAAAAAUUACCUAUAGAAGAAGAGCUUCAUGUGAAUUGAUGUAAUUAGCACAAUUUUUCAUUGUAAUUCGUUAGGAAUCUUUGUUCGUUUUCAAUAGAAACGUAUCAGAGUACACAUGUGUCUCAUAAAAAUGCUUCAUAAAAUUCUUCGAACUAAUCAAUCAAAAAAAUUUUCCACUGUAAAUAACAAUAAAAUAUUUUGUGUAUUCAAGAUAUGUUCGUGCCAUGAAAAAAAAAACCUAUUUUCAGUAUUUUGAGGAAAAUAAUUCGGAGUAUCAUACAGUCAUCAGAAUAAAUAGUGUGAAAAUCAAAGAAGCCAAAAAUAAUUGAAAAUAAUGCCCUGAUGAGAGUUGUCUGCAACAUACAUUUAUGUAUCGCUCUACCUACGAUUUUGAAAUUAUAGCAUCUUACGUGUUUUCCAUAUAAAAGAUUCGAGUUAAAUGAUAAUAGCCUCGAGGAUGGUUCAAACAUAAUGGAAACGUCAGCAAAAUUUCAUUCAAUAGAUUUCAUUCAUCCUUGAUUUCUACCAAUUAAUUAACUUAUAUCUAAUAAGAAUGUCGGACUGAUAGAAAAAUAGAUUAAAAGUUAACCACAGGGUAAUCUUCGGGCAUCAAAGUUGAGUAGUAAUACAUUACACAGCACAACGAUGACAACCAAAAAAAAAAACAGAGAUUUCAAUCUACCAGCAGUAUUGAGACUAAAACAUAGGUAGUGCGAUACCCAGCAGAGAGAUAGCUAGUUUUCAUUUUUAUGUUGGGUUAUACAAUAUUGAUGAGCUCUAAAAAGAGCGAAACCAGUCUAUCGCUACUCCCCUUCGAUAACAUCCCGACUCCAUGUAAUUAACUCUCAACUCAAAUAUUUGCCAGUCCGAUCGAUAUUCUUAUUAUAUAAACCAUUUGCUGAAUUUUUGUGAUAUUAAUUUCAUUGGUGAUUCAGAUAGAAUCUCAAAUAGGUCGAAAUACCAACUAAAUUAAUGGAUUUCUCAGAAAGUCAACCUUUCUGAAAUAUCAACAAAUACAAGCUGAACGCUGAUGUCAUUCUCAAGAAGGAAUGAAUGAUUAUCUUAAUUUGAUGUUGACUGACAAGGGCAGGUAGGGGAUGAUAUAUUAAUUAACUCAAGACUACCAAGCAGAAUGAUUCAUUAAAAUGAAUUGCGUGAUAAUUGCUGAUGACUGUGAAGUAUGACGAAAGAUGUAAUAGUCUUCAAGAGUGCCAAAUUUUAUGGAAACAUUUUUUCAAUUAUCUAGUGUUCAGUUGACGGUGUAGCAAUAAACGAAGUAUUUCUAUAUGUCUGAUCAGAAUUUCAAAUAAGAUUUUGAACUAUGAGAGUAACAUUACGUAUAUUGCUACGAUUGUUGAAAUAUUUGGAUAUAAUUGAUGUAAUAACGAUAUUAAUGUCAUUUUAUGUUUAUAGCAUCUGCA